AUGUCCAGCAGACCAAAACCGCAGAUAAUCUCGGACGGCGAUCCUCCGCCCUUCAGCAUCGAGGAUGCAUAUGGUUCCUACUCGCCGGCGGCUUCGUGUAUCGAGUACUCUCCCGAUGGUCAACUGCUCGCAGCUGGGGGCGAUGACAGGGCAAUUCACGUCUGGAAUGCAAAAUCAGGCCAACAUACCAGGAAGUUGACGUCUGGUCAUCCAGUCCGCUGGCUGUCGUUCUCUCACUCUGGGCGUCAUUUGGCUGCUGUAUGCUCGGAUGACGAAUGUGCUCGCGUAGUCGUCUGGGACAUGCACCAGGAUGGAAAGGAUCCGGGAAGAGUAGAAACGAGCUACGAGACCGAUGGUAGUGUCGAAGGAUUUCGCUACCGGGUGGCUUUCUCGCCGGAUGACAGCCUGAUUGCCGUCAUGACUCCUCUGCGUGUCAUCGUGCAAAGCGCGACAUCAGGCGAGCUGGUUCUGGAUGUAGCAAAAAUGACUGACAACAGUCGGUUUGCAUCUGUGCUCGGUUUUUCGUCCGAUAGCCGACAGCUCUUAUAUGCGUACUCCGAGGAGACUCUCAAAGACAAUGCAUCAUUCUUAGAAGUGCGCAGCUCUGACAUGGAAGGACGUCAGCAGACGUCCUUCAGCCUAUCACUGGCAUUUCCGUCAACCUCGUUUCCUUACAGAUUGCCGCGCUUGGCGACGGAGGCAGUCGUUGAUGUCGCCUUCUCGCCAGACGGAACACAUCUUGCUUACGCGGCCGGAAAUAUGGGAGACGUGUUCAUAUAUAACCUCCUCACGAUGGGGUUUACCGUCCAGCUUCCAGGCUCAGCGUCCUCAGCUAACAGGGGUUCCCUGUCUUUCUUCCCAGAUGGCCGACGUAUACUUGAUACCUGCCAAGGUUCCAACGUGAAAGUCUGGGACAUUUCUACAGGCGAAAAGGUUUUGAGCUACUCUGUGUCAGCGACAAAGUACGACUUGGGCAUAAUAUCUCCGGAUGGACGUACAUUGGUGCGCGAUUGGGUAGAAAACGAGGCUGAGUUUGGCCUCGAGAUGCUGGACGUCGCGAGCGGGAGACAGCUCUGGCGCACCGCGAGCUUUUUCUCGGCUCUGGCAGUCGCUUUCGUGCCGGCGGGAGACAGGCUCGUUGUCGGGCUUGAAGACGGGGCAUUACAGGUGCUUGAUGCCAGUACGGGUCGGGUGCUCCUCCCCAAAGAUGACUCGAAUGGCCGCCCUGGGUCGUCUCUCGAGCUGGAAAGUACGUCUGCGAUCCCAACAAGAUCACGCGCGGCAGCUUCACGGCAGCUGGCCGCUUGGGAUGACGAUUCAAUCCUUAACUUGCCCGCCACUCUAGGCAACUCCGCUCAAAGGCCAAGACAGAGAUCUCAUGACACAGCCUCUCAGCAGGUCCGCAAAGGACGACAUGGAUCCACCGCACACGAUCAGGACUCAGGGUUGUUGUCUCGCCUUUCCUCCCACUUCAGACCGAACCGGACUAAAUCUAGUUCAUCGGGCGAGCACCGUAUUUCACGCGCGUUCCAGCUCGUGCAUGUUGGACGCGCCAGAAACCUCGUCCUCGCAGCAGGCGAGCAAGGCGGUCGCCACCAGGAGCGCCACCAACUCCAUUCUGAUGAUAGCUCGACCAGCCCUUCACCGGCUGCAUCGGACCGCGCACCUUCCCCUCGAAACCGUGAGGACAGAAGCGAGAGCAGCAUGUCAAGUGGCAAUUGUUCACGCGAGGCUGCACCCGAGUGACCGAGAAAAUAUAUAUUACUCAUUGACAUGGUGCGCUGCAGCCUUGGUGGGACGGCCAUUACGGGGUACUCGGAGGUGAUUGGGCAUGUAUAUGUAGUGUACGACGUGGUUUGCGGUGCUUAUGUUUGUGUCUCGUUAGUACGUUACCAGGAAACGCUUUUGAUUUUACGAGACUAUUUCACUGACAAUAAUAUGUGAUACGUUAGUCAAGAGUGCACUUGACUAUAGAAAGAAUGAA